CGUGGCCAAGGGGCUUCAAUCUGAAACAACAUGGCUAUGCGAUGUAGUACAGAGCAACGCCGCAUAAUCAAUUGCUACGUGGAGAGUGAAAUGGGGGUCAAUGGCAAUGGUGAUGAUGGCAGAAUGGUGUUGGUGUUGCGGGUAAGGCGAGAGUGGCAAGAAUGCGCAGUGAUGGAGCGGUUUUACCAACACUGGGGAGAGACAGAGGAACAUCAAACGAGCAGGAGAACAAGAGAAAUCGGGGGGAACAGUGUUUCGCAAUCGGGCUACGCGCAAACCCCCCCGCCCUCAACAUCUAGAUUGCAAUCUGGUACUGAUCGAUAUUCAGAUGGUGAUUCCAGAACAAUUUGGGCUCCACUGAAAUUGUGCAUGGACAGCUGUCACUCGAUUGCGCGCUGCCAUCUGCACCCCGUCCGGGAUAUUCCAGGUGCACAUCACCUAAACAGCCGAGGUGGGUCCCCCGCAGCCCAAGCCCAAGGUAAAGUUUCCAAUAUCUCAACGAAAAAGCGCCAAAUCCAGCCCUGGUUCCAAGUCGGCAAUGUUGUCCCCACACUUUUGAAUGCGGCUAAAAAAGGGCGAAUGAGAAAAAUACCUGAGCCAAAGACGGCGCUGCCCCCCAUCGGCCGUCUCCCCACAGCUCGCACCCGCAACUCCGACGGUCUCGAUCGCCCUCGCCGUGUCGUCGGGCGUCUCCGACCCUACCGUUUCACCCAUCAGAAAGGCAUUGCGCAAGCACACAUGCCAACUCAUCUCCCCGCAAUUACCAGGGCCCCCUUUGGAUUACACUACUACUACUUACUACUACGCUCUGUUCAACCCCCCCCUUUUACUUGCUUUGUUCCAAUGCCAGUUGCCAGCGUGUCCACCCUUUCUCCGGCGUGAUCGUCGAACCCUAACUCUCUCCUCUUCCCUUGCCCGUCCCCACCUCCUUCCCCCAAAAGAAUGAUCCAGCCGCGCUUUGUCCUUUUUUUUACCCGCCCGAAAAGAUGAAACAGGGAAACAAACGAACAAGCUACCCUAUCGUGAUCUCACCCAACUGUUACCCAACCCACCACCAACCCUGACUAGUACCCAUACUUACCUUACUCACCCUUGCUCUCGCUUUGUCUCUCUCUCUCUCUCCCCACACUCCGGUCAUCGUCCACGGGCAGCGGGCAGCCCACCCAGAAUAUUGAACGACCCAAUUUUUUUUUCCCUUCCCAUCGGUCACCUUCCUUCCUGUCGUUCGAGACACGCCCGAUGGUCAGUCCGGUGCCCGAAUGCCGUUAAGAGUGUGUGUGUGUGUGUGUGUGUGUGUGUGUGUGUG